GGUUUUGCCAUUUAAACAACACAAUCUCAGCGUUUCAUUUUAUGAUAGGACGUUGAUUGAAAAAGGUAUUAUUGUCUAGAUAUGGAAUGUGCCUAAGGCACGGAUCUAAUUAAAUCAUCGUUUUAUGCAACGGCAUGUUUCUUCAGCGGGGGGAACCUUAUUAAUAUUCCCGCGCGUAUGGGUGUGAUGUAAUCCCGCCUCUUUUUCAGGGUCCUGCAGAUAUGCAGCGGGCCCGAGUCCAUAUAUGCGGUGUAUUCUGUGGUUCUGCAGAACCUUGUAGACCCUGAGUUCUGCAUGGUCUCGGGGAACCAGGCAGCGACAUCAGCAUCUGUAGCUUAGACAUGAAGAAUUACUCACGUGAGGCUGAGUUAGCCAAGAAGCUUAGGAGCUUGGGACCAAACUCUCGGAUUCACUUCGCAAGAUUGCUUACAGCUGCUGGGACAGUUUACGAUCACGAUACCUGGCUGUUUGCUCUCUCUUCCCCCUCUCCCCCUCUCUUCCAAAUGAUGCGGUGAUCAGAUAUCGAAAUGCUGUAGAACGGAAAAUACACAGUCGUCGGUUUUUACCGGGACCGGAUUAAAGGACGCUUAUGUGAUGAAAUCGAAGCCGUGAUAUCGCCUUGAGACAUCCAUCAGUAUUGGCAAUCCUAGCUCUUCUAUAGCUUAUCUUUCUCUGCUGAUCAUGGUUCGAGGAUACGAGCUAACGCAGGACUAGGCUUCCGCUGCACGUUUAUUGCAUGUAAGCAGGGUUACCACAUGUCAACAACGUGAACUCGCCAGCAGUUUGGUUCCCAAAAUAUCGACAUUAGUUAAUUCUACCCAGGAAACGAGCUGAACAAAGCUUAAUCUCGCUCUCUCUGCGCCGCAUACGAUAUUACGGCAAGCCAGGGUUCUUUCUUCAACACCCUCGAGUUCAUGGUAUGGAAUAUGAUUCGAUGCGGGCUAUGAAGUGAGACUAUACGAUAGUGACCAUCAUGGGUGAUAGGAACGUGGGCGAAAAGUGACUGAGAAGUGGUCUAAGCAUCAAGUUGAACGUCUAUAUAAACGGCUCAAAGUCUCGACGUUAAGCUCAAUCCUCAUCAUCAUCAACAUCUUCUUCCUUUCUCAGCUUCAUUCAUUGCAGAACGAUCUCUUCCGAUCGCCAUCAUCUCUUCACUUGAAGAUCACUUCCUACUUUCCACCUUUGCAUACUAUCCACUUCAUUAGCAGAAAUGUUUAGCAAAGACUUCACAGCCGUCGGGCUAGCAGCUCUCUCUUUGGUCUCUCAAUCCCAAGCAGGACCUACCUUGAGUACUUCUCAUCUCAAAGCAAGAGCCCUUCUAGGUAACUCUUUUGGUGUUCCUGGACGCAAUGCCACUUACGACUACGUUGUCGUUGGUGGUGGCAAUGCCGGUCUGACCAUCGCCAUGAGAUUGGCUGAAGCCGAGGCUGGCAGCGUUGCUGUCAUCGAAGCUGGAACUUUCUAUGAGAUUAGCAAUGGAAACAUCUCUCAAGUUCCCGCCACUGAUGGUGUCUUUGCUGGAAAAGGUGCCACUGAUUGGCAACCUCAAAUCGAUUGGGGUUAUCAGACUACCCCACAAUCUGGAGCACACAACACUUCUCUUCACUACGCUCGUGGUAAGACUUUGGGAGGUUGUUCUGCCAGAAACUUCAUGGUCUACCAACGUGGAACUGUUGGAUCGAUGCAGAAGUGGGCCGACCAGGUUGGCGACGACUCCUAUGAAUGGGAUAACUUUCUUCCCUUCUACCAGAAGUCUGUUAACUUCACUUCACCUGACAUGACCCUUCGAUCUGCCAACUCCACUCCAUCGUUCGUUGCUGCUGAUGCUGCAUCCUUUCCAGCUACCGGCCCACUUUCAGUUACUUGGUCCCACUAUGCCCAAGCUUUCGGAACCUGGGCCAUUGAGGGUCUCUCUCAAAUCGGCAUGCCAGUGAUUCCUGGAUUUUUGGGCGGAAACUUGAUUGGAACUUCAUACCCUACAUUCACCCUUGAUGCUGAAAAGAUGACACGUGAAUCCUCCGAGACUUCUUUCCUCAGAGUCGGUAUGACAUCACCUGAUCUCAAGGUUUACACUCUUUCCAUGGCCAAGAAGAUUCUCUUCGACGAGAGCAAGAAGGCAACUGGUGUUCUUGUCGAGACUGGUGGCUACCCAUUCACUUUGAGUGCCACCAAGGAGGUCAUCUUGUCUGCUGGUGUUUUCGGAUCCCCACAACUCCUUAUGGCUUCUGGUGUUGGACCCGCAGAUGAAUUGAGUGCUGUCGGUAUUGAUGUCAUUGCUGAUCUUCCAGGUGUUGGAAAGGGAAUGCAAGAUCAUCUAUUCACUGGUGUCGGAUACCGUGUCAAUGCUCCUACCAUCUCGAGACUUGUAAACGAUCCUGUCUAUGCUGCUGAGCAACUUGAGAUGUACGAGAGCACCCCAGCUGCUGGCAUGUAUUCCAGCCCCGAUACCGAUGUUCUUGGAUGGGAAAAGAUCCCCGAGAAGUACAGAAGCCAAUGGAGCAAUGAGACCCAAAAGGCUUUGGCUGAAUACCCUGCUGAUUGGCCUGAGGUUGAGUACAUUGCCAUUUCUUCUUUCCUAGGCAACCAGGUCAUCGAGGGAACCGACCCAAAUGAUGGAUUCAACUAUGCCACAUUAGCAAUUGCUCUCGUCGCUCCUCGAUCCCGCGGAUCCCUUACCAUCACCUCCGCUGACACCAACGUUGCUCCUUUGAUUGACCCAGGUUUCUUGACCGAGCAAUCUGACGUCGACAUCAUGGUUGCUGCAGUCAAGCGUGUCCGUGAAUUCUACGCCACCGAUGCUCUUCAAAGCUUCGUCAUUGGUGAUGAGUACUUCCCAGGAUCUAACAUCUCGACCGAUGCUCAAAUCGAAGACUUUGUCCGAACCAGUUUCAACACUAUCUGGCACGCAACAUCCACCUGCUCCAUGGGUCCAAUCAACGACACCAACACUGUCGUCGACACCCAAGCCAGAGUUCUUGGUGUAUCUGGUGUCCGUGUCGUUGACGCUGCCGCUUUCCCACUCCUUCCUCCUGGACAUCCUAUGUCCACAGUUUAUGCUUUCGCUGAGAAGAUUGCUUGCGAUAUCAUUGGCUGUUAAGAAGUUCGCUUCCAAAGCGCCACCAUCCAACACCAUCUUUAAUCAUCGCUCCUCACCUUCAUCCAAUUUCUCUUUAUUAUGCUGUCAAUAGACUCUUCUUAGAAGCACCAUGGCUAAAUUUGUUAUCUCUUCUUUUCUUCUGACCUCCAGCUGAUGGCGCCGGAAUAUUUUGAUGCACCA